AUUGUGUUUGAAGGCAAAGUUGUGGGACAACGAUCCACAGACAUAGGGCUUGAUGACAUCACAUUCACACCUCAGUGUCAGCUUAAAAGCCCACGUGAUUCCUGUUGGUGUUGUCCUAGGACUUCUAGCACUUGUGACCAUCAUAGGUGGUGUGGUGAUCUAUUUAAAGCGUACACAGAGACU